AUGAUGACCACAACCACAAUCAAGCAGCGCUUCACGUGGGAUUGCGGGCUGGCGUGCCUGGCCAUGGCCUUGCAGUCCCACGCCAGUGAAGACAGUAAACACAGCGAAGAUGGUGAAGGAGGGACAUGCACGCAGCGACAACCGCAGCAACAACGGGAGGAAGACGCGGUGGAGAACGUGGAAGACCUGAGGUUUGCGCAGCUCAGUCUGAGUGGGAACCACGAAGCCAUCCUUGAUGACGUCUUGGAGGCGUUCCAAGCAUAUACGAGCGGGUAUGCGUGGACAGUGGAGCUAUUGUAUGUACUCAAGACAGCGUUUGAUACACCGAGUACCCUGUGCACCACCACGACAGUCCUGGACGCAGACGCGUACGCAGACCUGCCCUUCUACAACAACAGCACACAAGCACCCACAAUGGACCGCCCACUACACCCACAACACCACCAAGAGCAGCAGCAAGAGCAGCAAGAGCAGCAAGAGCAGCAGCAGCGAGAGCGACCCCUCGACCAGAGCCACGAAGACAAGGAACAACAGGAACGCAGUGGCCAAGAAGGCACAGUUGAUGUCAUGUCGUGGGCGUUGGACCUCGCUGCACCAGCAUGCGGCUCCAUGUCCACUCCAACAGCGGCCACAACAGGAGGGACAACCACAGCGUGCGCCACAGCAGCAAGCACAUGCGGUCCAAGUGGCGUCGUGAAGCAGAGCGUAGCACAACUGUAUGAGACAGAGGCCCCGGCCAUGGUGGAUGCGCGAUUGACACUGGAAGAGCUGCUCACACUGCGAGCUAACGGACUGGCCAUCAUCGUGCUUGUCAAUGUGCUGCAGCUGGACUGCCGUGACUGCGGCCUUCCCACCGCGGACUACACUCAGCCAUACAUUGGCCACUACAUCGUCUUUGAAGGCCUGGCUGCCACAACAGGCGAGCAAGAACACGUGGUGUUCCGGGAUCCAGGGCAGGGGCGGUGCUCCGAGAAGUGUGCAGUGCGUCGUGAAGUGUUUGAUGCUGCCCGGACCGCCCGUGGCACGGAUGACGAUAUCCUCGUGGUCGGCGCAACGUGCGAUCAACCGUGCAGGCAAAGCCUUGAAUAA